AUGGCUGUAUCAUGGCGCCCGUUUAUGAUAUCAGCGAUAGACUCCCGCAUGCCCCCUCUACUAAUUUCAACUAUCUUCACCGCGGACUCGUAUAAAAUAUACCUCACAGAUCUCGCCCAUCUUUGGUGCGAAGAUCUCGACCGGCGCUCUAUUUUGCGCCGAAGCAUCGCGGAAGACACAAACAUCGAUCCCAGCGAGGAUGCUGGCCAGCUCAAGCUCUUCCUGGAUAAAAUCUCGCUAGGUCUUGAGGGUGGGAAGGAUGUUGACCUACUCCUCGGCCUUGACAGUCAUGUGGGCAAGGAAAGUUCAACGGGGGCGAGAAACCUGGAAAUAAAUAUGAGCAUUGCUCUGCCCAAGCCGUUGCUGCCUCUGAACUGGACAGUAAGACUUUGUUCCUGCCCGCAAAGUGACUUUGCCACACAUUUCACCAUACCCCUGUUAUAUGCUCAGAAUGCCAGGCUCAAAGAGCUUGAUAGCCUGGUUGGCUUGCUCCGUGACAAAGACAACGUCAUCCAGAAGUUGGUUGACAAAUUGGAGGCAACGGGAGCAGAACUGGGGCAUCUUUUCCCUGGGGUUGCGGGUAAAGGCGGCAGGAAAAUCCCGAGAAGGGUAGUUGAGGAGAAGGUUAAGGGAUUGGAAGUAUUCGCACAAGAGCAGUGGCGUAACACCAUGCGGAAUGCUGAGGCUGAAGACGAACAUGCUGGUGUGAAAACCAUUAUUCAAGGUGCUUUCACUAAGAAUUCUCCUGUUGGCUCACUUGCCCAUGGUGCAGAACUCCCAUGCAGAUUUGAGAAAUGGUGGGAUCAGUUGAAAGAUGGGGCGAUACCUUUGUCGACACCAAAAGAUGGAGGGAAGAUCGCUGAUGCUGGUGCUGGUGCGGAGGAUGUUAAGGCUGAACCGACAGACGCAGAUAUGGAUACAACCGAAGAUGAAGGCACAGAAGGGCAGGCGGACGAUUUCCAAGUUGCGGCAACACCACCUUCAUCGUCACGUAAACCGACUCGGAAGCAAGAAUUAUCAGACGACGAUACGGACGAUUCGGAUGACCUCGGUGCAUCACAGUCGCAGCAACACGUCACGAUUCGUGACAGCUUCCCGGCACCAAAAGAGGAAGUACGCUCAGAAACAAAGAAGAUCGGGGCGAUCGGGGGGGCUGAAAAGGCCUCAAAAACAGCCACCAAGAUGAAGCCGGAAGCAGAGCCAGAGCCAGAUCCAGAGCCCGAACCUGUAGCAAGAGCCACGAGAAGCCACAAACAGGAUGAUGCCGAUGACGACGAAACCGAGACGGAGGACGAGGGCACGAAUGCUCCGUCUAAGCCCACUACGUCUCAAAAGAAAUCACCUCCAAAACCGGCCGCCAAAGCUGCGAAGAAAGGAGGUCUUGGGAAGAUCGGAGGGAAGAAGUCUGAUCCCCCGCCAGUUCCUGCGUCUCCAUCAAAGGAGGAUGCACCGGACACUCAAACAUCGGAGCCCCCACCAAAAGCCACGAAGUCCAGACUUGGCCGGAUAGGACACAAACCUCCCAAAGAAGAACCUGCCGCUGAUGAUGAGUCGAGAGGAAGGACGGAGGCGAAGGAAGAAGAGAAGCCGCGGGAAACGUCGGAAGAGAGGGCACAACGAAAGCGAGAGGAGUUGAAGCGACAGUUGGAGGAGAAAGCCAAGGCGCCUGCGAAAAAGAAGAGGAAGUUCUAA